GCAUCACCAGCUCGCGCCACGCUAAGGCACGGUGCCGCAGCGGGAGCUGCUGCUAUCAGCAAUCGCCAGGUGGGAGCUCGUCGUCACUCGUCCCCAGCACAGCCGGACCAGUCGACACCACCACCGCCACCACCUCCCCGCCUCUCGAACGACUAUGCGACUGGCGCCCAGCUCGUUGUCACGGAGGCAACGAUAGGCACACCAUGGCUCUCUCUUGGAAAUCCUUCGACUUCUUCGACGUCAGCCAGGUCAAGCUCGCCGACGACGACGAGACGCGCUCCUUCUUCGAAGGCCACGAGAUCUCCAGCGUCUGCUCCGGCUCCGACAGCCUCUUCCUCGGCAGCUCCGACGGCCACGUGCGCAUCGUCGGCCCCAGCUGGCGCAUCGUCCGCAGCUUCCAGGCCCACGACAAUGUCCGCAUCUCGCACAUGCGCCAGGUCGAGGGGACGAGCCUGCUGGUGACCGUCGGGGAGGACCUCAGCGCCGAGCCCGUGCUGAAGGUCUGGGCUCUGGACAAGCCGGUCAAGAAGACCGGCAUGCCCACCUGCCUGAGCAGCGUGACCAUCUACAAUGGGAGGAAGCAGUUUCCCGUGUCGGCUUUUGCCGCGACAGAAGACUUGUCCCAGAUCGCCGUCGGCUUCGCGAACGGCGCUGUCACGGUCAUACGGGGCGACCUGAUCAACGACCGCGGCACCAAGCAACGAAUCGUUUACGAGUCCGAGGAGCCCAUCACCGGGGUCGAACUCCGGGUCGACGAAAGGCUGACCACCCUCUUUAUCUCGACUGUAUCUCGCAUCCUCAAGCUGACCAUCUCUGGCAAGGGACAAGGCCAGCCACCGAAAACAGUCGAGGACCAGGGGUGCGGCGUGGGAUGUAUGGCGGUGGAUAAGAGGGACGGCAGCAUUGUCGUCGCAAGAGACGAUGCGAUCUACUACUACAAGGCCGAAGGACGAGGCCCUCCCAAGGCAUACGACUCGCCCAAGGAGCUGGUGACCGUGUUCAACCAGUACGUCGCGCUUGUGUCGCCACCAAAGACGGCUGUGAGCCCAGGGCAACUGCGCCGGCGCUUCGGCGGGGGCGCUGCGGACGCCAUCUUCAACGCCUCGACCUUCUCCCUGCUCGAGCCUGACCUGAAGGUCAUUGCACACACCGAGACUCUGAUCUCCAAGGUGCUCGCGGUUUUCGAGCUGUGGGGUGACCUGUACACGUUGACGCAGGACGGGAAGGUCUACAAAUAUCACGAGAAGACGCUGCAGCAGAGGUUGGAAUUGCUUUACCAGAGGAAUCUCUACCCCUUCGCGAUAUCCCUUGCGCAGACCGCGGGUCUGGAUACUCAACAACAGAAUGUCAUUUUCCGCAGGUACGGCGAUCACCUGUAUCAAAAAGGGGAGUACGAUCAAGCCAUGGCUCAAUACAUCAAGGCGAUCGACAAUAUGGAGCCGUCACAAGUUAUUAGGAAGUUCCUGGACACGCAGAGGAUACACAACCUCAUCGAGUAUCUGGAGCAACUUCACGAGCACGGGAAAGCCACCUCAGACCACACCACACUCCUGCUGAACUGCUAUGCAAAACUGAAAGAUAUCGAAAAGUUGGAGGCGUUCAUCAAGCAACCCGGGGAGCUAAAGUUUGAUCUGGACACAGCAAUAACGAUGUGCAGGCAAGGUGGCUACUUCGAACAGGCUGCCUACCUCGCCAAAAAGCACGGGGAAAACGACCUGGUGGUGGACAUUCUGAUUGAGGAUCUGAAGGACUAUAAGGAGGCCCUUGCCUUUAUCUGGCGUCUUGAUCCCCAAACGGCUUACCCAUGCCUGAUGAAAUAUGCCCGGGUGCUCAUCGAGCACUGUCCAAAGGGCUCGACGCAGAUGUUUAUCGAUUAUUAUACUGGAAACUACCGCCCCAGGGUGCGCAACGCUGAUACCAUCGAGACCCCGGCAUCAGGUGGCGGCUUCGCAGCUGGUGCAGUGAGCGCCGUCCAGAACCUGUCCAACCUUCUCCCUCUGCCAUAUAUGAACUCGUCCGCGGUUGCCUCGCCUCCGACACAAGGGAAUAUAGAGCCCACUGUGAGCGAUGGGGCUGUGCUGCUUGAUCCAGACGACGCGCCGCCUCCAAAAUACACCGCACCGCCACCCCGAACAGCGUUCUCAUCCUUCAUAGAUCACCCUGACGAAUUCAUCAUAUUCCUCGAAGCAUGUCUUGAAGAUGAGAGCAUAUCGGAGGAGAACAAGGCCGACCUCAACACAACCCUAUUUGAGAUGUACCUGCACAAGUCUACAGAGGUGAAGAGCGAGCACGACCGAGAGCAGUGGGAGCAAAAGGCCAAGAAGCUCAUCGAAGGCCGGGGGGCGCCUAUAGAGAACUCCAAUGUGUUGCUUUUGUCGCAUCUCUCCGAAUUCCAGGACGGAACAACCCUGGUCAAGGAGCAGGCCGGCCUCCUGUCGGAUAUCUUCCGCUCCUACACCUCGGCCAAAGACACGCGCGGCGCCAUGAAGGCCCUGCGCAAGUACGGCCCGCAGGAGCCCUCGCUGUACCCCGCGGCGCUGGCGUACCUGACGUCAGACUCGCGGGUGCUCGACGAGGCGGGGCUGGACGAGCUGGCCAACGUGCUCAGCACGAUCGACAAGGACGGGCUGAUGGCGCCGCUGCAGGUGGUGCAGAUGCUGUCCAAGAACGCGGUGGCGACGAUGGGCAUGAUCAAGCCGUACCUGCACGAGACGAUCGAGCGCGAGCGCAAGGACAUCGCGUCGAACCGGCGGCGCGUGGCCGGGUUCCGCACCGAGACGGAGCAGCGCCGGGCCGAGAUCGCGGACCUGGGCGCCAAGCCCGCCGUCUUCCAGGCCACGCGGUGCCCCGUGUGCACGCAGGUGCUGGACCUCCCCGCCGUGCACUUCCUGUGCAGGCACAGCUUCCACCAGCGGUGCCUGCGCGGCGGAGACGGCGUCGAGGGCGAGUGCCCGCUCUGCGCGCAGAACAACGCCACCAUUCGGGCCAUCAAGCGGGGCCAGGAGGAGAACGCCGACCGCCAUGAGCUGUUCAAGGAUGAGCUCGAGCGGAGCGAGGACCGCUUUGCUACCGUCGCGGAGUGGUAUGGGCGUGGUGUGAUGAAUGUGCAGCAGAACCUGGAAUAA